UUCUUGAACUGGAAGACUGGAACUCCACAGGGUCGGAGUAGUAGGCAAAGGAGGAGCAGAACCGGGGAUCAAAGCCGGCUAGGAAAGUUCGCAAAGAGAAGAAUGGCUUUAUCGUCAGUAAAACUGGUGAGCCUAUCUCCUUUGGUGGCAAGUAGCAGACAACCUCGACCUAAACGCUUAACAGUACUAGGGUUACACAGAUCGCCACCGGUCCAGGUGAAUUCUGAGAUGUAUUGCCAACAACGAUUGCCACCUCAAUCUAUUAACUCUUCACGAAGAGAUGUCGUGCUUAGAUUGAUGAUUGCUUCUCUGGCUGCAAUCAACAUCUUAUCUGUAGAAUCAGUUGAUGCACGCAAUGUGAAACCUGAGAUCAGACGAAAAAUCAAGGAGAAGCUUGAAAUGCUCAGGGAAAAGGCUGGAAUAACAAAGUCUCAAUCUGAGGAUAAGAGCUCAUCCGACAAGGGUAAGAUGCUAGCAUCACCACCCCCAACACUAUAUCCCCAAGACAUCCUUGGGGGAUCUCUGGUGGAAACAACCUUUCCUGACAGAGAAAUAACAUCUUAGUUGUUUGAACAUUUAAGUGAAACAUUAGUGGAUCAUGUUUGGAUGUUUUAAACACUGAUGUGGGAUGGGAAUCCAAACAACUAUUUAUUAGGAUGAUUCUGAAGCUACCAUCUAUGCCUCAUAAAUCUAAUUCAAAAUGUAAUUAGCUAGGUCUAUGUGC